GUAGCUCUUGUUCAGAUGAAAGUGGUUCAGACGAAGACAGCUGCAGCUCAGAGAGUUAUGGAAGAAGACAUCGUGGAGAUUACCGCGGUGGAGCGGGCGGCGGGUACAGUUCAUCGAAUUCCUACAACGCUGAAACCGGAUACUCUUCAGGUGGCAAUGGCGUUAGUGGUAGUAGCGGCGGUUCAGCGGGUUACGAUGCAGAAAUUAAUAUUUCUGCGAGUGCUCGUCGUAGUAAGGGAAGCAGUGGAAGCAUUGGAAGCGUUGGAAGUAGUGGAAGUCGUGGAAGCAGUGGAAGCAUUGGAAGCGUUGGAAGCAGUGGAAGUUAUGGAAGCAGUGGAAGUCGUCGUUCCUCAGGCCAUUCCGGAUCAGGAUCUUUGAAAUAUUCUCAAUCCAAUAACUAUGAGCAAGGAAGCCAAAGGGGAAAUAGCGGAGGUUACGAUUGUUCAUGUGAAUAUUGACCACCAUCAUCAAUAAAUUAUAAGGAUUAAAAUUUGUUAUAUUCGU